UUAUAUACUGCUACUCUCGAGUCUAGAAUCGUGCUGUAUGUGUACUAUAUAGAGCUUACAUUAGCAGCAGUAACAGCAGCAGCAGCAAGCAGCACUAGGCACAAAGCGACGAUAAAAUUCGCAUCGUGUGUUGUCCCGAACGACGUGUGUAGGUACUAAUACUUCUACUACUACUACUUAAUGCAAAAAGAGAGAAAAAAACCCCAACGUCAUUCGUCGCCGUGCCGUGUGCUUACUUAGCAGACUCGUCACUCUUAUGAGCCUAUAUAUACAAUAAAGUCGUCUAGUGCUGUGGUAGACCUAGCUGUGACAACACUGACUGUGUACUGUAGUACUGUACUGUACGUGAUUUUCAUUUCCUAGUGUGUGCAUGUAUUAAUGUGCCUGUGUGUGUACGUGAGUGUGCUAAUGUGUCUGUGAUCACAACAAUAAUAACAUAUUGUUUAUAACGUUUACAAGUAUCUGUGAUAUUUUGCAUUUGCAAGUAGAAGCCUCGAGAACGUCCAACGACAACAACAAACAACAAAGCCUUUACUUAUCGAAUCGAAGCCAAUUUCGAAAUCUUCGUUCAAUACACAAACGAAGGCGAGAAUCGACAAAGAGACAAAAAAUAAAACAUUAUCCGUUCCUUGUCGUUAACACUGUUAACCCGAUCCGAGUGUGCGUGCGUUGCAAUUACAAUAACAAUAACAAUUGCGAAGAGAGAUAGCGCGGGGCCCGGAUCGCGCGUACACAGCUUUCGUAAUUUAACGUAUGUAUUAAUGUUUGUGUGCAUAAUAUAUAUUCAUACUUGACGCGUGUUCCGCAAGCUCGCGUGAAUAAUAUAAACAAAGUUGUAUUUAAUAAAAAAAAAGAAAGAAAGUAUAUCGAAUAAAAAACCGAUAAAGGAAGAAAUGACAAACAACAACAGCAGCAGCAGAAGAGUAUAGCAGAAGCGCGAGUGUGCGGUAUAUAAGCACGAGAUUCUAAAAUAAUAAUAAAAAAUAAUAAUUGAGAAAGCGCAACGUUUGUCAUUGAUGGAUAUCAGCGUCUUUGUUGCCGAUAACCAUCUGCAAACUAACGAAGUGAGCUGCCGCGUGCACUUUCACGAGGAGACGACGAAGAGCAGCAGCAGCAGCAGCGACAACGGUGCAGCAACAAGGGCAGCCAACAAAUCAGCGGUAAAAACAGCCGCGGGCAACAGCAACGGCACCAGCACCACGAGUAGUACCAGCAACGGCAACAGCAACAAUUUGAACGGUGGCGAGAAAAGGAAAAUCGCCAUGUCGUCGCAGGACAGCAACAAGAGCGGCGACGACGGCGGCGGCGGCGGCAUCAGGCGCAACGAUCGCAGCGAGCAGGACCUCGACAGCUUCAACGAGGGAGCUUACGGAUUGCGCAGCGACAAGCGCGAACUGAGUCACAGGGUCUUCGUGAAUCGGAGUCUCCACCUCGAGAACAUCAAGUUCUACGGCUUCGACAUGGACUACACGCUGGCGGAGUACAAGUCGCCCGAGUACGAGCAGCUCGGCUUCAAUCUCAUCAAGGAUCGGCUGGUCUCCCUCGGAUAUCCCAAGGAGAUACUGACGUUCGAGUACGACCCGAGCUUUCCGGUCAGGGGCCUCUGGUUCGACUCGCUCUACGGCAAUCUGCUCAAGGUCGACGCUUACGGCAACAUACUCGUCUGCGUGCACGGAUUCGAAUUUUUGAAGCAUUCGCAGGUAUACGAGCUCUACCCGAACAAAUUCCUCCAGCUCGACGAGUCUCGGGUCUUCGUGCUCAACACCCUGUUCAAUCUGCCCGAGACCUAUCUGCUCGCCUGCCUCAUCGACUACUUCACGAAUUCGCGACAGUUCGCCGCCACCAAGGACCGCACCGGCGUCAAGGACGGCGACGUCACCAUGUCCUUCAAGAGCAUCUUCCAGGACGUGCGCAACGCCGUCGACUGGAUACACAUGCACGGCGAUCUCAAGUCCAAGACCGUGGAGAAUCUGCCCCAGUACAUAAAGCGCGACGAGCGCCUGCCCAUGUUCCUCACGAGGAUACGCGAGAGCGGCGCCAAAGUCUUUCUGCUCACCAACAGCGAUUACGUCUUCACGGACAAGAUCAUGACGCACCUGUUUGACUUUCCGCACGGAGCUAAGCCCGACAAGCCGCACAGAAACUGGAAGACGUACUUCGACACGAUAGUCGUGGACGCGCGCAAGCCCCUGUUCUUCGGCGAGGGCACGAUACUGCGCCGAGUCGACACCAAGACGGGCGCCCUGAAGCUCGGCACCCAUCGGGGCCCGCUGCACACCGACGAGGUCUACUCCGGCGGCUCGUGCGACGUCUUCACCGAGAUGAUCGGCGCCAAGGGCAAGGACGUGCUCUACAUCGGCGAUCACAUAUUCGGCGACAUACUCAAGAGCAAAAAGAUCCGGGGCUGGAGGACGUUCCUCAUCGUGCCCGAGCUCGUCCAGGAGCUGCACGUCUGGACGGACAAGUGCCAGCUGUUCGCCGAGCUGCAGAGCCUGGAUCUCAUGCUCGGCGAGAUGUACAAGAAUCUCGACAGCAGCACCAAGGAGAAGCCCGACAUAUCCAAGCUGAGGGCCAGCAUCAGGGACGUGACGCACAAGAUGGACCUGUCGUACGGCAUGAUGGGCUCGCUGUUUCGCAGCGGCAGCAGGCAGACCUUCUUCAGCAGCCAAGUGGUGAGAUACGCCGAUCUCUACGCGGCCACCUUCCUCAAUCUCAUGUACUAUCCGUUCUCGUACAUGUUCAGAGCGCCCGCCAUGCUGAUGCCACACGAGAGUACGGUCGCGCACGAGCAGCGCUUCGUCAUCGAAACACCGACGAUCUCGCGCACGCGGCUAUUCACGAAAAUCAACAAGGACGGCGUCGACGGCAACAGCGGCACCGCCAGCGGGGCCAGCGUCGUCGCCAGCAGCGAGGCAGCGGGGGCCGACGCUAAUAACGCCUGCGAACGCGUACGCAUCACCAACGUCAGCGACUCGAGCAGCAGCAACGACGAGCUUAACGAGGCCGACGCCGAGGCCCUCGAUCCCGCCAGCAACGGCGACAAUCUCAACAAGGACACCCUGUCGCCGAGGGCCGACUCCGAGGGUGGCGGCUCCAUACCGCACGCGAGGCCCGAGACGCCGCGCAACGUCACCCACACCCACGACGACGACGACGACGACGAGUGCGAGAACGACCAGAACAACUACAACAACAAGCGCACCUAGCCGUGCGGCCAAGCGCGCAAAGCGCUCCAGCCACGCCGCUACUAUCAUUGCUAUUAGCCGCAAACAAAUAUAAUAAUAAAAAAAAAGUACACCUUCCAAUUCGCGGAUUUUCAGAUGGGCGCUGAAAAAAAAGAAAAAAGAAGCAAGAAGAAAAAAAAAGUUGUGUAAAUUCAUCCGCGCGGGAUGUUUUUUAUGUAUCGAAUUUAAAAGAGUCCGAUCCGCAGCCUACUUUGAGUAUCGCGAGAGAUCGUUUACGAUGUAUAGUAAAAAAAAAAAAAAAGAUGUGUAUCUAUACGGUUUAGUCGUUGGUGACUAGUUAUCAUAUAUACUGCAUACACAAACACGAGUCCAUAAGUGAAAUUAGUUUAACCCGGAAUUCUUUUGCCCAUUUCAGAACUGUUUUGAUAUUUAACGCCGAGAGUUAUGUGUUAAAACGACAAAGCUGUAAUUUUUUAAUGAAAUUAGUUAAUAUUUACUAUGAAAAGUCUAUGAGCUUCUCUUUAUAAAUACUUCUGAACGAUUAUAUGAUGCUAGUAUCAUAUUAUGAAACACACAGUUUUAUUUUUCUCUUUUUUAUCAUAAAAAAAAAAAUACUAAUGAAAACCUCUUUAAGCAAACUACUUUUAUCGAUCGGUGGAUCGAUUG